AUGGACGACCUUCCCAACGAAUUGCUCAUCCACAUUGUUGACCAAUUGAGAGGCCCUACAACCUGGUCAGAACCAGCCGACUACAGCCGCAUGCACGCCCUUGCGGCUCUUUGCUCCGUCUCAAAGAAGCUGUACCAGAUUGCUAGACCAUUACUCUACGAAUCGAUAGACCUACUCCCAAAUGACGGUGUUCUGCCCCAGUCUCGAAGACUUUUUGCUCGUCUCCAGGAGCAGCCAAGCUUUCGCCUCGAGAUCAAAGCCCUUCGACAGAAGACGCCUGCUAGGCUGAGACAGGACGGCGAGCGCCGUAUGCGCGUCCGCGAUGAGUACAUGAAAGACACUACAAGAGACGUGAGAGCCUUUGGGCUAGGCACGGAAGACGCCUCAGCACUCGUGGGCCGUUGGCUAGAGUACGAAGACCUAUACUUCGCUCUAGUGGCAUUUCGGACACCGAACUUGGAGCGUUUAUGGGCACGGUCGGCCCUUGAAUACCAAGGGCUCUAUGACGAAUGCAACAAUACCCUUCUCGAGGGCAUAUGCCGUAUGGCUAUGGGCCUAAGUCGGCUUCACACUCACCGAUUUGACAAUCUCAAGAUUUUGUAUUUCGAUUUCUCAAAUACACCGCAAACGUCCGCGCGGUAUGCGUUCCCGUUGUUACUUCUUCCCAACUUGGAUGAGCUUACUCUUGUCGCGUUGGGCGGCUAUUUCGACAUGGCUGAGAAUGAAACUGAAGUCGAGUUCGAAUACGACGACGCCGACGGCUUGAUCAUUUUCGGCCGCCCUUGGAUGUGGCCACUACGCUCAUCGCCUAUCACCAAGCUCUCGCUAUUCAAACCAGUCAUCUCCGAGAAUACGGUCAAGAAUAUGAUAACGUCGUGUAAAGCUCUGGAGCGAUUUGAAUGCUUUCAUCCACUGCGUUCCAGCACGCUCGAUCAGUGGUUUGGGGGUCUCAUUCCUGCGCUGAACAACCACAUCGAGAGUCUUCAAAACUUAUCAUUAUUGUGUAGGCAACAUUGGCCCUCGUUAGAGAACACUGGCAUGGCUCAGCUCAAUCCUCUUCAUGAAUUCACCAACUUAAACUCUGUCAGGGUCUCUUUGUAUCUGGUUUCUGAUCCGGGGGAAACUUUGAGUGCUCAAAAUCUGCCUGCUUUCUUACCGCCAAGCAUCACAUCACUGCACAUCCACUAUCCCCGUGAGCCAAACGACGAAGCCGAUCAACAACUUCUCGAUGUUCUCAGCGCGCACAAGGACGGUACUUUAGCGUCGCUGAAAGAUGUAUACAUCACAUGGGUAUACUACCAUCGCGGAGAGGAAGAAUUCGAUCUGCUAGAACGACUUCAGUCGCUGGUACAGAUCAAAGCACAAUACGAGACGUCAUCCAUCACGUUUGACAUUACGUUGACAAUCAGAGACGACAAAGGUAAAUGGUCGUUGGUCAGGGGAUCGUCAAGCAGUGCUAACGUCUACUAG